AACAGGAUAUGCGCUCGAUUUGAUCGCUGCUGUUAUCUCGAAGAUUUGCGAGAAACUCUAGCAAAGAGCGGCGGAGUUGUAUCUCUGCAGAAUAAGGUUAUAUCUGCCAUUUUGAAAGGCGAUCAUCAUCAGGUUAAAAGUGUAAGCGAAGGAAUUAACGUGAUAAAAGACCGAGUUUGCAAGCAUAAAAUGCUUCUCGUUAUUGACGAUAUAGAUGACAGGUUUGAAUUUGAUAAGGUUCUAGGAAAAUUAGGUGAUUUUUCCUCUGAUUGUCGAUUUAUAUUUACGACUAGGAAUAAGAGGGCUUUAGAUUUUAUUCCGGAAUGUAAAUUGUAUGAACCGGGAGAAAUGAGUCGUCGUCUUUCUCUGCAACUUUUUUGCAAGCAUGCUUUUGGGAUGGACAAUCCACCCUUGGAAGACGCUGGUAUAUCCGAGGAAUUUGUAAAAGUUGCUGGUGGACUUCCUUUAGCUCUCAAGGUGAUAGGAUCACUUUUGUUUCGCAGAGACAAGAAAUUUUGGAAAGAAAAGUUGGUAGAAUUACAAGGCUUACCUUCUACUACUGAAAAUAUGGUGCAAGAGAGAUUGAAGAUCAGCUACAAUGACUUGUCGCACAAUGAAAAGCAAAUCUUUCUUGACAUUGCUUGUUUUUUUAUCGGUAGCCACAAAGAUUUACCUUACUACAUGUGGAGUAGCUGUGAUUUUUAUCCAGAAAGUGGAAUCAACACCCUUAUCCACAGAUCUCUGAUAAAACUUGACGAAGAAAACAAGUUUUGGAUGCACGAUCACAUCAAAGAUCUAGGGAGAGCCAUUGUUAAUGAGGAAGACAUUCGACAUCCAUACAAUCGUAGCAGGAUAUGGUCAAUCGACGAUGUCCUGAACAUAUUGAGGAACAGAAAGGGAAGUGAACAGGUGGAAGUUGUCCGGAUAGAUGUGGAAUCUAGAGAUGAUCAUGACAAGCUGCUUAAAAGCAAAAACUUCGAGAAAUUGUCAGGGUUGAGAUAUUUGGAGGUUCGAUAUGGACACAUGAGGGGGGAUUUCAGCCAGGUUCUUCCAAAUUUAUGUUGCCUUCGAUUGUGUCACUGCGAAUCUAUCCCAACUGAUAUUAAUGCGAAGAAAUUGGCGGUACUUGAUUUAGAGGGUUCCACUGUGAAGGAUGACUGGAAGGGCUGGAGUCGAAUAAAGGCUGCAGCAGCAAAGCUAAAAGCAGUAAAUCUACCCCAAUGCCGGAAGCUGAUGAAAUCUCCUGACUUGUCUACAUGCACAAGCCUUGAGUUUAUCAACUUUUCAGGUUGUUUCCAAAUGAAAGGACAGAUGCACAUUGGUAUAUUCAAGAAUCUGAAAACGCUGAGACUCGGAAAAACCCGCACAACAGAGUUAGUCAUCAAGGGUGGUGACAUUGAAAAGCUUCAGCAGCUAGAGGAGAUGGACGUGAGCGGGACCGAUUUGAGAGAAUUGCCUGACGGGAUGGAGAACUUGUCCUCUCUCAAAAUCUUGUCGCUAGGUUUAGCACAGUGGGGGGUGGAAUACCGGAUGGAGAUACCCAGACUUCCGGGGAGUUUAAAGAGGUUAUCCAUCUCGUCUUCAUCAGGCGUCCCAAAUCUGAUAGAGCUCAAGCAGUUGGAAUACCUGAGUUACUCUAACGAUCCAUCUAUCCCCGGAGACUUAUGGCGGCUUCCCAAUUUGAAGGAAUUGACUCUGAACCUCUGUCCUAUCAGAGGUCCAAUGCUGCAAAAGGACCAGGAGGCAACAACAACAACUUCUCUUGCUUCUGCUCUGCCGACAUCUUUAACCAGCCUUCAUGUCGUUGAUUGCUGGGAAUUGAAUGAACUUCCCAGCCUAGCGAAUCUGUGCAAUCUGACCCGACUCGAACUCCGGGGUGUCAGGGUGGCCGAGAUUCGGGGCCUGGGAGAGCUGAGGGCCCUGGAGACUAUGGCGAUCAGAUCCAUGAAUCUGAACAGCCUGAAUGGACUUGAGAAUCUGCACCUCCUCACCACCCUGAGCUUGUGGUACGCCACGCUGGAGAGACUGCCGAGCCUGGCGAAUUUGAGCAAGUUGAAGGAUCUGGAGGUUUGCUACUGUCCGAAUGUCGUUGAAAUCCCUGGCAUGGGCGGCCUCGGGGAGUGUUUGUCCCGCCUGACAAUCAAAAAAUGUCCCAGCUUGGCAAACUUGGAUGGACUACUUCAACUUCUGGGAGCAUUGGAGGAAUUGACUUUGUACGAACAAUCGUCUGGCGGGAAACCAUCUCUUGAUCUCCCCUGUCUCGUCAAUCUGAAACGGCUGUACAUCCGCUCGUGUCCAGAGUUGACGGAGGUUACAGGGUUGGGGAGGUUGGUGUCGUUAGAAUGGCUGACUGUGGAGAGUUGCACUUCGAUUCGACAGCUAUUUGAUCUUUCGGAGCUCAAGAAUCUCAAGGAAUUGAACCUCAGUGACGGCCAAAGCUUGACUGAUCUCAUUGGGGUCGAUAGAUUGGAGUCGCUGCGGAAGCUACGGAUGAGGCGCUGUUGUUCAGUUAGGAAGCUGCCGAACUUAUCGAGCCUCAAGAAUUUGGAGACUUUGGAGCUUGUGGGAUGCACAGAGCUGACCGAGGUCGAGGGAGUCGAGGGUUUGGAGUCGUUAAUGGAGCUGAACCUGUUUAACUGCAGGUCGAUAACGGAGUUGGGAAAUCUGUCUGCUCUGAAGAAGCUACGAAUGUUUGAUAUUGUGGGCUGCACAAAACUGAUCGAGCUCGACGGACUUGAUGAGCUGGAGGAGUUGCGGUACCUGGAAAUGGGGAAAAGGAUGAGAGCGAGGUAUUUGGCCAAAUCGGCUGCCAGAUAUGGCAAGGGACUAGCUGCACUGCUCGUGGAUCAAUCAACCAACUGAUGAUGCUGGGGCUUCUUCCAGUUCCAGCUAGCUACCGGUCUCUCGUUGUCAGUCUCCUCUUCCCUGCACUACCAUCAUCUCUCCAUAACCGACCGGCUACGUAAGUGUACUGACUGCACUCGGCAAGCUCUGCAAUUGGGUAAGAUAUCUGGAAUGCAUUGAGAGAUGUGCUUAAUAGGAAAGGCUGCGACCGCCCGCCGACUUGGUUUCCGGCGAACCCUAUUUUCCAAGAUGAGUUCGUGAAUUGGGAAUCAGGUUCGAACAUCAAAUUCAAAAGUCGCUGAUCGU